AUGGAUAUAGAUGGUAUCCCGUGUUGUCCAACAUAUGACAUAAUUUCCAGAGGCCAACUUGCGAAUCUACCGACCGAAAUUAUCCUUGAGGUGGCGUUUUAUCUCGAAGCUGCAGAUCUUUGCCAUUACGCGACUAUAACUUCUAGAAACUGGCACAUUCUUAAGAUGAAAUGCCAUCGAGAGGCUUUGAGAGUAGCCCUGCCGACUUCUGAAGAAUAUGCCAAGCUCGAACCGUACUUAACCGCAGAUGAGCAUAUGCGACAUUAUCCGCGUCCAAUUCAGCAGGAGCUCGUGAAGACUGAUAUCAAUGAGCGGUCGAAAUUUGUCAAUGCAGUAUCCCGGGGAUACGUGCAUGCCGUUAGGGCUUUUCUGAAUCACGGAGUAACUCCAAAUGCAUCCAACAUCUAUGGCAAUCGGGCUCUUGUUCUUGCAGGGUCUUGCUCCGUUCCGGUGGUAAUGUCCCAGGUCUUAUUGGCUUACGGGGCAGAUCCAAAUUUAGCAGAUCCUGCUAGAAAACAAUUCACGCCUUUGUACGGCGCUGCGACAAAUGCGCAAGAUGGUCUGGAAGGUGUCUUGCAGCUUCUGUGCCACCUCUGUAAUAAGGAUACAGUCCAACAUGCAGUCCACCGGGGUGCCAACCUUCACCAGCGAGACCGCGCUGGUAAUACCGUGGUUCAUAGUUCGGCCAAGAACGGAAACCCGGAUAUCCUGGCUCUACUCUUUAACAUAGGCCUUGCGUCAGCUUAUCUCGAAGUUCGCAAUAGUGCUGGUAAAACGCCACUAAUGAAAGCAGUGAAAGCCGAGAGGCUGCGCAACAUGUCCCUCCUGCUCAAGCAGGGAGCAGACCCCAAUGCCACCUAUACCAACGGAACCACAGCGUUACAUGUGGCUUGUCGAUUCGAAUUCAUCGGUGGGGCAUAUCUGCUACUGGAAGCAGGGGCCAAUGUCAAUGCUAUUAGCGGGGAGGGCAAGGCACCGCUGCAUUACGCAGCCGCGAUUGCUUCCAAUGAAUUGGUGCGACGUCUCAUACAGAAGGGUGCCAACAUCUCCGCGACGGAUCUCGAGAUGAACACGCCGCUACAUGUCGCGUGUUAUCUCACUGACCAGCGUUGGUUGAAGCAUGGUGAAAUCCUCGAACUCGUGAAGACACUAGUCUCUGCUGGUGCUCCCACAAUAGCACAGAACGUAGUCGGCCAGACGCCUUUGUCCCUCGUCCUCUUGAAUCAUCAGCUUGAGCUAGCCCAUAUCUUGAUCACCAAUAACCCGCACGCUUUGGACGGAGAAACGCCGAGCGGGCGUGAGUGGAGCGACUAUUUGCGGCGGCAUGUUUAUCAGAGUCAUAUUCCUUAG